AUGCAGGUAGGGAAUGAGCUUGGAGCUGGUAAACCAUACAAGGCAAAACUCGCAGCCAUGGUUGCAUUAGGAUGUGCUUUCGUAAUGGGCUUCAUCAAUGUGGCAUGGACUGUGGCAUGUGCUUUAUCACUUCUAUAUGUUGUUGUGGUACGUACGGAUUGGGAAGCAGAGGCUUUGAAGGCAGAGAAGCUAACAAGAGGGGUAGAGAUGGGAAAUUGGAAUGGAAGUAAGAAUAAAGACAAAAUGAUACAUGAUGAGGAAAACAAGGGUCUGUUGGUGUAUGGAAAUGGGAACAAAAUUGACAUUUGA